UUUUCGUUAAAACUUGUUACUUUCAUCUCUCGGUAUUUAUUUACUCGGUAUUUAAUGUUUAAUUUUGAAGUUUGAGGAUUUUUAGUAAGCUUUCCGAAGCAAUUAAUAUACUAUCGCUAUAAUUAUUUCAGAUAUAUUAGCAGGGUAAAAUGCCUUUACCGGUACCCGUUACUCUUGGAGUUUUUCAAGAUUUGGAAGCCUACAUUAGUAGCUAUACAGGAUUAGCUAAGCUCUACCGUCUUCUUUAUAUUGCUGAUCAUUGUCCAGCGUUAAAGAUUGAAGCUUUAAAAAUGGCUCUGUCAUAUGUACAAAAUACCUAUAACGUCAACAUCUACCAGAUGAUUCAUCGGAAACUGGUCGAUGCAACUGGAAAUUCGAACUUGCCUGAUGUCACUGGUGGUCUGAAUGCUGGUGUAGUUCCUUUGGACACACAAUGGAUUGAAACUAAAAGCAAAAAGGCAGCCCUGAAAGUUGAAAAAUUAGAUGCUGAUUUAAAAAACUACAAAAGUAAUUCCAUCAAGGAAAGCAUCAGACGCGGCCAUGAUGAUUUGGGUGAUCAUUAUUUAGAUUGUGGUGAUUUAAGUAGUGCAUUAAAAUGCUACUCAAGAGCCAGAGAUUACUGCACCAGUGGCAAACAUGUUGUUAGCAUGUGUUUAAAUGUUAUAAAGGUUAGUGUUUAUCUCCAGAAUUGGUCUCAUGUUUUAACCUAUGUUAAUAAGGCUGAAACAACUCCUGAAGUUACUGAAGCUAAUGGUAAAGAUAAUAAUCAGUUGGUAAUCACAAAGCUGAGAUCAGCAGCUGGACUUGCAGAAUUAGCUACUCGAAAAUACAAAUCUGCUGCAAAAAAUUUCCUUCAAGCCUCUUUUGAUCACUGUGAUUUUCCAGAUCUAAUUUCCCCAAACAAUGUAGCCAUGUAUGGAGGACUUUGUGCUCUUGCAUCAUUUGAUAGACAGGAACUAUUGAAGUUUGUUUUGUCAAGCAGCUCCUUUAAAUUGUUUCUUGAACUAGAGCCUCAGCUAAGAGACAUAAUACAUCGAUUUUAUAAUUCAAAAUAUGCAUCCUGUUUGAAACUGUUGGAGGAAAUCAAGGACAAUCUUCUGCUAGACAUGUAUUUAGCCCCUCAUGUCAGUUCUCUUUACACACAAAUUCGAAACAGAGCUCUCAUACAGUAUUUCAGCCCAUACUUGUCAGCUGAUAUGAAUAGAAUGGCUUUAGCUUUUAAUACAACUAUUGGAGCUCUCGAGGAUGAACUGAUGCAGUUAAUUCUAGAUAAUCAAAUACAAGCAAGAAUCGAUUCACAUAACAAGAUUUUAUAUGCAAAAGAUAUUGAUCAGAGGAGUACUACUUAUGAAAAAGCCAUUCAAAUGGGAAAGGAAUACCAAAGGCGUACUACUCAACUCAUAUUGCGGUCAGCGAUGCUACGUAACCAAAUUCAAGUUAAAACCUGUCAUGUGUCUGAUUCAGCUAUGAAGGAAGCUUUUUCAGUGCAGCAGGAUUUACCUAGUCCUCCUAGAGAAGGAUCUCAAGGGAUUGAAAUACCUGCAUCUCCUUUGAAUUGUCCACCAAGAAAUUGAAGCCUGUAAGAGAAAUAAUACCUUUUAAUUAUUCAUCUUUAAAUUUUAGUUCACUGUGUACUAAGUUCACUGUGUACUUUAGUAAACUGUGUACUAAGUAAUAGUUCUCAGUAUGUUAAAAAAAAAAGUUUUGUAAAUCUUGUAAAAAGAUGUAACUUUAUUUAAUACUUUAGUAAAUGCAACUUUUUUUUUCUAGAUUAGUGUGGAUUUUAUGACAAAAUUUAAAUUUCUGUUGUAUCUAUUAUCUUUGCCUGUAAGCAGAACUUCUGUUUAUUGUAUAUUUUCUGCAUAAUAAACCAGUUUAUCUACUCAUAUUUGUGAACAAUUUUCGUGGCUUCCAGCUGUUGAUGUUCUGUAAAACAAUUUUCUUGUAUAUGUGAAUACCAAUAAAUUUUUUUAAAAAUCUGAA